AGGGGUAUGAGGUAGAUGAGUUGGAGUCACAAAAAGAUCAACAUCAUGUCUUGGAUCUCUGUUACAUCACUCCCCAUUCCCCUUUCUUCAUCAUCUUCUUCUUCCUUCCCACACCUCACCAAACAUCGCAAACCAAAACGCCACCAUCUCUGCAAAGUCUCAUGCCACACCAACCACGAUGUACCAAAUGAAGAACCAAAAGCAUCACACAAUAGGAGGAACGUUCUGAUUGGGUUUGGAGGACUGUACGGUGCUUCCACUCUUGCAGACAAUCCUUUCGCCAUUGCUCUUCCAACUUCCCCUGACAUCAAAAGUUGUGGCCUACCAAAGUUACCAGCAGAUGUAGAAUGCACCAAUUGUUGCCCUCCACAAUCUUCCACCAUCAUAGAUUUCACGCUUCCACCAACCAGAAGAACCCCUAGGGUUAGAUAUGCUGCUCAGUUAAUGGAUGAUACCAACAUAGCCAAGUAUAAGGAAGCUCUGUGUAAGAUGAGAGCCCUUCCUCCUGAUGACCCUCGUAGUUUCAUCCAACAAGCUAAUAUCCACUGUGCUUACUGCAAUGAUGCCUAUCACCAAGCUGGGUUCCCUAAAAUUGACUACCAAGUCCACAAAUCCUGGCUAUUCUUCCCUUUCCAUCGUAUGUACCUUUAUUUCUAUGAGAGAAUACUGGGAAGCUUGAUUAAUGACCCAGAUUUUUCUAUUCCAUAUUGGAACUGGGACAACCCUUACGGUGGCAUGGUAAUCCCUUCCAUUUUCACAGAUACAAACUCCCCUCUAUAUGACCCUCGCCGGAAUAUUUAUCAUCAACCACCAACUCUUGUAAACCUAGACUACAACAAAAACGAUCAAGUCUGUCUAAAUCCAAAACAGCAAAUCUCUAAUAACCUCGCUACAAUGUAUAAAAGUGUUGUCUCGUCUGGGACACCAUCGCUCUUCCUAGGAACCUCUUAUCGUGGUGGUGGUGAACCUGGGUGUCCUGGGUCCUUAGAGAGAGUUCCUCAUACUCCAGUUCACGUUUGGGCUGGUGAUACGAGACAGCCUCACCUUGAGGACUUGGGAGUCUUCUAUUCAGCUGCAAGAGACCCCCUUUUCUAUGCUCACCAUGCCAACGUCGAUAGAAUGUGGAACAUAUGGAGAACAUUACCAGGUAAGAAGAGAGUGAAUUUCAAAGAUAAUGAUUGGCUCACAUCUAGCUUUUAUUUCUAUGAUGAGAACAAGAACCUUGUGCGUGUAACGGUGAAAGAUUCACUUGACACGACAAAGUUGGGGUAUGUUUACCAAGGUGUUGAAACUCCAUGGCUCGACCAGAGGCCUAAGCCCAGAAUUCCUAUACCUAUAGCUAAAGCUAAGAAAAGUUUUGGAGAGGCUACGAGUGUAACGUUUCCUCUUACUUUGAAUUCAAAGGUAAGCAGUGUUGUGAAGAGGCCAAAGGUGUCGAGGAGCGAGGAGGAGAAGGAAGAAGAGGAAGAAGUGUUGGUGAUUGACGGAAUUGAGUUUGAUAUGGAAAAAGAUUUGAAGUUUGAUGUGUUUAUCAACGACGAUGAUGAAAAGGAGAUCAACCCAACCAAUACUGAGUUUGCAGGAAGCUUUGUGAGUGUGCCACAUACUCAUAUGCACAGAAACAAGAAGGCUAAAUCCUGUCUUAAACUGGCAAUGACGGAAUUGUUAGAAGACUUGGAAGCUGAAGAUGAUGAUACCAUUGUGGUGACGUUGGUGCCAAAAUACGGUGGACCUGUCACAAUUCAGGACAUAAAGAUAGAGUUUGCAACGGAAUGAAAAAUAAUUAUGGCAUGCUUGCAAAGGUGUUUUCAAUAUCCAUUUGAACCUUCAAAUGAUUUCAUCAUUGUAUUCAAAUUUUACUAUUCCAUGGCAAAACUUUCAAUAUGGUUGCGUGGUGUUAAUCUAUGUUCUCUCUCAUCAUCCUAAAAUCAUAUCUACUGCUGAUCAGAGAACCUGAAAUGCUUCUGUGCAAGUUUCUUUCAUGAAAUUCUCUGCAGUUGUUUCAAGUUAGUUUCUAUUUUAUGAGUAGAAAGAAUACAUCGUUAUAAUUGACACCUCUGUACAAUCAACAUGUAUUUUUCUUUAAAUUGUAUAAUCAAUUUUUGGAAUUC